UCGAUAGCUCACAAGACCUAAAAUCUCUUUCCGGAUCAAGCACCAAAAGAGCUCAAGACUUGAAAUAUCUUGGAUCGUGGAUAAUGGACUCUGAAAAGGACUUUAAAGUUCGGAAAUCGCYAGCCUGGGCAACCUGCAACAAGCUUCAAAAGCUCUGGCACUCAAAUCUGCCCAAUGAUUACAAAGUCUUCCUGUUCCAGUAUCUAGUUGAACCAGUUCUUCUCUAUGGAGCAGAAACUUGGACUCUAAGAAUGUCAACUCAAAGAAGACUGGACGGGACAUAUACGAACCUUCUCCGUCGGGUUCAGAAUAUCCAUUGGUCAGAACAUGCAACAAAGGGGAGAAUCUAUGGAAAACUACCUGCUAUUUCAGAUGUUCUAAUGCGUCGACGUCUUCAAUUUGCAGGACACUGCCUGAGAGCAGAGAGUGAAAUCAUCUCAACUCUUUUGCUGUGGAACCGAAGUCUCCCGAUUCGAAACCGAAAAACCACAUACCCACAAAUGCUAUGAAGGGACUCAGGUAUCGAAGUUGGAGAGCUGAGCCAGGUUAUGAAAGACCGCGCUAUGUGGCAUUCUGUUGUCGCCGACCUCCCGGCCUCGGAUGYCGCAGGAUGAUGAUGAAAAUUACAUAUUUUUCUGUAAGAAUAAGACAUGGAUGAAACCAGAAUUGAUGAAAUAUUGUUGAGGUGAAGGUGGCUGUAGAGAUCUCAAGUUUCUCAAAUGCAUCGAGAACAAAACCUUGACAGGUCACGUGAUCAGUACAAUCAAGAUGAUGACACCUGUUCUUCAACUGUGUCAGAAUAAAUGUUUUCGUGAACACAAAUGUGUGUCGUACAACUUGGGUUCAGUUCUCGGACAGACGAGGUCAUGUGAAUUGAAUGUCGCUGACCACUCGACUCGACCGAGUUUCCUGGUCAGCAAAACAGGUUACGAAUAUUGUCCAAUUCAGAAUCCCUGUAUGUCCAAUCCUUGCUCACCUGGAAGACUCUGCACUCYUGAUUUUGCUUGGAAUACGUACAACUGUGAUGAUGGAGGCUGGACCCAGUGGAGUCCUUGGAUGUCUUCGAUACCAUCGAUGUGCUGCGUUCAGAAUAGAGCCCGCAGCUGUACCAGUCCACCUCCAUUGAAUAAAGGAGCARACUGUGUUGGAUUCGACAAAGAGAUCAAGACAUGCAAAUCGGUCCCAAUUGUUGAUAUAUCUGGAUGCAAAGAUCCGUUGGGAAUGGAAGACGGACGCAUAAAAGAUGAGCAAAUUAAUGCUUCAUCUUACACACACUCUUCCAGAGACACUUUUCACGGGCCAUGGAAUGGUCGACUAAACAAGGUUAAAGACAGCAAAGGUAUUUCUGGCUGGGCUACUCCAAAGAUUGGAGAAUACAUCCAAAUUGACCUUCGAAGUGUCAAGGUUAUCACCAUGGUAGCCACACAGGGGAGGAGUAGUGAGGAUUGGAUUCAGUACGUGACCAAAUAUUCAUUGGCAUACAGCAUUGAUGGAAACGACUGGAAAGAUUACUACGGAGAUUACACUAAGGUUUUUUCUGGAAAUUAUGACCGAAACACCGUUGUGACCAAUGAGCUGGAAGUACCCAUAAAAACCAGAUACAUAAGACUAAUUGUGAAAGGCUUCAUAGGGCAUGCUACGAUGAGAAUUGAGUUCUAYGGAUGCAAUGAUCUACCUACAUUAUAAUGACACUUCUCAAAGCAAGGGCAUAGAUUCAUGCACCCAAUUAUGCACGUGUGCACCUUAAAGAAACAAGGGCAAAAACAAKAUUCAAGCUUUCAUAAAAAAUGAAAAGUGAGUUCAUUUCACACGCAAAGACAGCACUCGAGAAAAAAGUACUUUAUAAAUAURAUUAUCUUUGAAAUACCUAUAUUUCUCCAUUUCGUAAAUAUGUUUUUUUCACUGGUGAAGAAACAAAUGCGAGGUUUUUCUAUAUAGUAGAAAUAAGAAAAAAGGCAUUUACGCUACGCUCACUCGUGAGAGAUCUUUUCAACACUCGAAGAUAAGAUCAUUCGUUAGAAAAAAAACUCCUAAAAAGGCUGGCAUGAGUAUAUAUUACGCCACUCAAAGUUUUAAUUAUCAAUGCACAUGAAUAUCUGUAAAAAAAACCCGCGUUUUUAAAUGUAAAUAAGAAUAACCUUAAUGCAUACAGCUUCUAAGAAUGAAAUGCAUGCCGGGAGGGGGCUGUGCGCCUUACUUGUUUUGAUUGCAAUAAUAUCAAUUUUACUUAAUACAAUAAAUGACU